CGGUGCUGCAGCUCUUCCAUCAAUAAUCACGAGUCUGACAGCGCGUCACGUGACUUUUCCUCAUCGUGUCCAACAGACGGUUCAGCCUCGCGCAGAGGAAGAGUCGGACAGACAAGCCACAGACAGGAGACAAGUGCAAGUCCACCAUUAUGGCGCUGCGGGACGAACUUUUAAAGUCAAUAUGGCACGCGUUUACGGCCCUGGACGUGGACAAAAGCGGGAAAGUCUCCAAAUCUCAGCUGAAGGUGCUGUCCCACAACCUGUGUACGGUGAUGAACAUCCCGCAUGACCCCGUGGCGCUGGAGGAGCACUUCAAAGACGACGACGAGGGUCCCGUCUCCAACCAGGGAUACAUGCCGUACCUGAACAAGUUCAUCCUGGAUAAGGUGACAGACAACUUUGACCGCCAGGACUUCAACAAAAUGUGCUGGACGUUGUGCUCCAGGAAAAAUCUGGAUUCGACCCACCUGUGCAUCUCCAACGAUGACGCCUUCAAGAUCUGGUGCAUCUUCAACUUCCUGUCUGAGGACAGAUACCCGCUGGUCAUCGUCACUGAGGAGAUUGAGUACUUCCUUCGCAAGCUGACGGAGGCGAUGGGGGGCAGCUGGGUGGAGGAGCGUUUUGAGGACUACAAGCUGCAGCUGAACUCGAAGCAGCAGAGUCUGAGCGUCUGGGAGCUCAUCAGCCUGGUGGGCUCGGGUCACUUCAGCAAGGGCAUAGACCACCAGACGCUCUCCAUGGGCAUCAACGAGGUCUACCAGGAGCUCAUCCUGGACGUGCUCAAACAGGGCUACAUGAUGAAGAAAGGUCACAAGAGGAAGAACUGGACGGAGCGCUGGUUCAUGCUGAAGCCAAACUCCAUAUCGUACUACGUGGGCGAGGACCUUGCUGAACAGAAAGGAGAUAUUUUACUGGAUGGAAACUGCAGCGUGGAGCCCCUACAAGAUAAAGAUGGGAAGAAGUGUCUCUUCCUCAUCAAGUCCUCACAAAAAAGCUUUGAAAUCAACGCGUCGGACAAGAAGAAGAAGCAGGAGUGGAUCCAGGCCAUUCAGACGUGCGUGAGCCUGCUCCGUCAGGGCCGGCCGGCGCCGCACCGCGAGGCCCGGCAGAAGCGACGGGAGCUCCGGCUGAAGCAGCAGGCCGAGCAGGAGGAGCUGGUGCUCAGGAUGAGGGAGCUGCAGGUGGCCAACGAGGCUAAACAACUCGAACUGGAGAACAUGAGAAAGGCGCUGGAGGAGGCGGCGGCUAACGCAGCAGAAGAAGAGCGAAGGCGUCUCCAGACCCAGACUGAACUCCAGGACCGCUACAGGACUGACCUGGAGAGAGAGAAAAUGGUACGGCAGCAGAUGGAGGAGCAGGUGGCCCAGAAGUCCACUGAGCUGGAGCAGUACCUGCAGCGGGUUCGGGAGCUGGAGGACAUGUACGGCCGUCUGGAAGACGCUCUGGAGGACGAGAGGCGUGCGAGACAGGACGAGGAGGUUGUCCGCAGGCUGCAGGCACGGUUACUGGAGGAGGAGGCCACAAAGAGGGCGGAGCUGGAGCAGAUCCACCUGCAGCAGCAACGCGCCAUCUCAGAGACGGAGGCUGAGAAACAGGAGCUGGAGAAGGAACGUGUGGCCAAGGAGAACGCCCUGCAGGCAGCCAUGAAACAGCUGGAACACCUGGAGAAAGAGAGGCACGGGGCCCUGGAGCAGUACCAGAUGGUGAUGAAGAAGCUGGAAGAUGCCACAAACAACACCAAGACCUGGAAGCACAAGGUGGCUGAACACGAGGGCUUGUUACGGCUCAUUCAACCAGGUUCCAAGGGACAGUCGCUGAUCACCAACUGGGGUCCUGCAGCCUUUUCUGACGCAGAGCUCCAUCUGAGGGAGAAGAAAUGGCAGGAGAUGAAGAACCAGCCGACCCAGGCUCAGUAGAGAGGCCCCUGGAGGCCCCAAACACCUUAAACACUCAGAAGAGAAGAGAGGCCUGCUGGGAUGUACUGGCUGGUAACUGGAUGCUCUGUGAAAUUAAAAUGCAAGAUUUACCAGGAUGCUGUGAGGAAUUUUAUGUUAAAGGGAUUUUUAGCAAUCAGUAGCCCUUUUGUGAAUAUUUAGCGCUGCCCAGUACAGAGACUCAGAUUUUCAGAUUGAGAAGUAAACUCACUAAUUCUAACAAGGGAUCCAACAAAAAUACUAAGUGAAGAAAUGAUAACAUGGAAAAACGCUGGAAUAAUUGUAGCUUUGUUGGCAAAAGGACUGAAUGCUGUGUCAGUCGGCUGGUCCUGCAUAACUGAGCAGUUAUUGUUGUCAAAAUAACUUUAAACUGUGGCUCGGCCAUCUUAAUAUUUCAACAGGUUAACAGUGAUCCAACACUGACCUUAGCUGACCGAGUGAUAACAGUACAGUAAGUCAUAUGGCAACAGGAUGACCUCGAAAGACAACUCAAUCUACUUUUGACCACCUCAGCCCCCGUAGGACCAACACUCAUCUCACUAUGAAGUCUCUGUGAUACAAAGUUGUCUUAGAUCCUACCAAGUUAACAAUAUACACAAUUUAAAUCUGUUGAUUUUAAGAUGUUCAGCUUUUUAAAGGUUGCGAGUGGCAAAGAAUGUGCACCUUGAGCUUUUAUCGCUUUCUUUCACUUUGUCAGGACGUGAUUUGUAUCUAUGAAAUGCACUACUUUUGACCCAAGUCUGAAACAAACUGAGCGUGUUUUAGGUUCAAGGCUGUCGUAAAGUUAAGGAAAGGUGAACUUUUUAAGAUCCUGUGACUCUUUCCUCUCAACUCUUUGGGACCAUUACAUGAAAAUAUGAGGGAUUUUUGUACAUAUUUUAACAACGGUUUCUGUUUUGUGAAAGUGUUUUGUUUUCCCUAAUAAAUUUAAGCUGCAAGAAAGCAGCGUCGGUAGCAUCUGAAGAUGACAAUGUUUAAUCAAAUGUAAAGUUUGUUUGUUUGUUUGUUUAACAAAUUGUCUUAAAAAGCUGUCUUCUUACAAAAAAAGUGUCAUUGUCAUUGUUCUCAUCAAAUUGCUUCAGUCUGUGUGACAUAGGUUUAUAACUGUCUAAAGAACUGGCUCGUAACAUUUCCUGCUUGUAAACAUUGUGUCAGAAAUAGGGCGCAUUGUGGCAAAGUCUCACUCCAAACAGGAAUACUAACUGCACAACAUUUGUACUGUGUAGUUGUACUGUAACCAUCAGUGCUUGUGUUAGCGUCAAGAGUCAACAGUGUGGUUUCCAUUUUACGUUUUUUAUAUAUAUGUAAAAAGCAGAAGACUGAACUGUGUAAUAAAACGUGUCUUGAAUAAC